UCAACAAGUAGUACUCAACCAACAAACGUAGUUUUUGUCAAUGAAAGAUGGAUGAGAAGGUAAGCUAACUAGAAGAAUAGAAACAAAAAAUGGAGUCCAUGUUUCCCUGGCUAUAAAAUACCCAAGACUACCCCUGAUUUUCCCCAUGUAAACCUUCAACUCUCCCACUUGUUCUUCAACCUUUGCUUACUGUAAAAUGGCCUCUUCCAACAUUUUCAUUUUAGCUCUCUUCAUUGCAUUGUCAUUUUCGAGCAUCGAGGUUGGCCUAGCAGCUCGGCGUCUUCAGCAAUUGCCACCCAUGCCUCCAAUCCCAAGUUUGCCAACAAUACCACCAUUGCCUACUCUCCCAAAUCUACCACAGCCCACACUUCCAACCUUGCCAACGACUCAACCAUCUUUGCCUAACCCUGCCGGCACAUUACUUCCUCCACUUCCCAGCUUGCCCAACUUGCCUACUGCCCCAAAGGUGACUCUGCCUCCAUUGCCAAGCAUGCCUUCGAUCCCCACAAUCCCAACUACAAUUCCCUCUCUUCCUUUCUUGUCUCCACCUCCCGCUCCCUCUAGCCCUUGAAUUCAUCCAUUUCAUUGCGCGCAGUUUGAUUCCUAAUAAUUAUGUUAUGGUUCUUGUGUCCCUGAGAAUGGACUCUGCUCACAUUCUCUGCUUCAGUCUUUCUUGUUUGUCAUCAUGUUGCUUACAAUUUAAAUUAUUUGAAAAAGAAGAAAACAAAAAAAAAGACGAUAUGUUUUCACUGUUAGUGCUUUUAAGUUCAAGGGGAAUUUCCUCAUUAUAUAUUUGCUGUA